AUGCCUGCCAACGGUGGAGCCCAGGUCAAUGGUGUAGAAGCAGUACGUCUCCUGGCAGCAGGUUUCAAUGGCCACCAUCAACUAUUCGCCUUCGAUGAGGACCCACGCGCCUUCACCGCGAUGGUAGAAGCCGAUGCGACUAUUCCACGAAAUGUGCUGUUUGCGGGAUGGAGUACAACAGUCUUUCAAGCAGGGAGGAGCAUAUUCAGUCUCGGGCAUCAAAAACUUGCUUCUGACAACUUCGAAGUCGAUGUUCAGUUGCAAUGUGGCUUCGGAGAUCAUGAGGGCAUACUCGGUUGUUUAGACCACGAGGGUCGUUUGUAUCUUGCUGAACAGCCGCAAUCCCCUGACGAAGGGUGGCGUCUUUCGUGCCAGAGCACUGAUGUGUCUCCAAAGAUAGGCACCAUUGCUGCCGCAGGCAAUGGCCGCAUUGCACUCACGUUCAGGCAAGCACCGAACGGCAACCUUGCUCACAUCGCUGAGUUUGACUCUCCACUUGCUCUUGUCAGAUGGUUUCGAGACCCCAGCGGUGAAGGCAACUACCCUGCCUGCCACCACAUGAUACCAGGUCGACCGAAGCAGCUACUCGCCAACACAGGCAGCUUCAUCCUGUUAAUGGAGGGAGGAGAAGUCUAUACAUGGGGUGAUGCGAGGUACCAGUCGCUUGGACGUGCCAUCGGUGAAGCAAUGCCAGCAGACAAGCCGGGGGUGGUCGAUGCCCUUGGUGGCUUGAACAUCUUCAAAAUCGCCAGCGGUGGAUGGAUGGAUGCAGCUCUAUCUGCAGACAGCUCGCUCUACAUCUGGGGCGCCACAAGUCCGGGAGUCGAAGGCAGCAUUCGCUGUCUAGAAGAUCAAGAUCAGGUCGCUCUUGUGAACUUGACGGACUCUGCCGAGGACUUUCUCGAUGUUCAAGAUGUAGCAGUGGGUGAUAACCACAUCGCUGUCAUUUCUGAGGGCGAUCGCUUGUUCGCUGUAGGCGAGAACCGGAAUGGCCAACUGGGUGUUGGCAGCGAAGAGCAUUUCCUCGAAGAAUGGCAGGAGGUUCCCAAUCUCACCCAGGUGAGGAAAGUCGGGUGUGGCCCAAAGUCGACUUUCGUCUUGACGAAAGCGACAUAG